UUUUCAAUGAAAAGGAAUGGAAUACAUUUUUAACUUUCUUCCGUUGUUUCAUCCGUUCUCAAUAUAAAUGGACGAAGUAUCAAGCGCUGUUGUUCGAGUACCUAGAGGGGGAGAUAAAGUAUAUAAGGAUCAGUGCAUUUAUUGUUUUCAAACACCGAAAUUUGAUGGUGGUUUAUAUAUUUGUCUCAACUCGUUUCUCGGAUUUUGUGUUGACCAUGUCAAACUCUACCGCGACAAAACCGGCAGAAGAGUCUACUUACAUUAUAAACAACUGAUAAGGCCCAAGGAUGAGUCUCAAACACCAGUUGAUGAUCCACCAAAAAAGAAACCAACCAAAAUGGCCAUAGGUGUAGAAGGCGGUUUUGAUCUUGAUGAAGUGAAGCUUGAAUAUGAAGAUCUUUAUUCGCUGAUUGUUCUCAACAACGACAAGGAAGACACAGUUUUUGCUUUUCCUAAUGAACAAAUACCUGAACAGGUUCGACUAUCAAUAACUGGAAUAAUAACAACAAAUACCUCAGCAUUUUCUGAAAAGAUUUCCUCUUGGAGUGAAGAGAAAAGAUCUGUCUCGAAGUACGCAGAACACCUCAAACAAGUAGAUAAUGGCGUGAAAAUCCCACCGAGUGGAUGGAAAUGCGGAAAUUGUGACCUCACACAAAAUUUAUGGCUGAAUUUGACAGACGGCAAAAUUUUAUGUGGAAGAAAAUUCUACGACGGUUCGGGAGGGAACAACCACGCUUUGGAAUACUUUAAAGAAACUGGAUAUCCGCUCUGUGUGAAACUUGGAACCAUAACACAAAGUGAAGCUGAUGUAUUCUCAUAUGCUGAAGACGAUAUGGUGGAAGAUCCGUUUCUUUCGAAACAUUUGGCACAUUUUGGCAUAAACAUCGCUGCCUUAGAAAAGACGGACCGAACAAUGACGGAGCUCGAGAUUGAAAUGAACAUGAAACUACAAUUAGAAUUUGAUGCUAUUCAGGAAUCUGGUAAAAAGUUAACGCCACUUUUUGGCCCUGGCUUCACUGGUCUACACAACUUAGGAAAUAGCUGUUACAUGAACUCUGUCGUACAAGUUUUGUUUUCUCUUCCGGAAUUUAACGAGAGGUACACGCAUUCGCGAGAAAAAAUAUUCCAAGAGCGGCCAAUCCAAGCAGUGGAGGAUUUUGAUGUACAAAUGUCAAAACUUGGUCAUGGUCUCCUGUCAGGUGACUACUCGAUACCCCCAAAGAUUAACGGGACUGAUGAAGAGAAAGCUGCAGCCGAGGACCUCCGCGGUAUUUCUCCUCACAUGUUCAAAUCUCUUGUUGGCAAAGGUCAUGCAGAGUUUUCAACUAACCGUCAACAGGACGCCCAGGAAUAUUUACUCUACUUACUUGAUAUGAUAGAUAAACUACAGAGAAAAUCGUCCACAACAAAUAAUCCAGUUGAUAAUUUCAGAUUUAAAGUUGAAGACAGGAUUGAGUGUAUCGAAUCAAAGAAAGUGAAAUAUCAUUGUCGAGAGGAUUUAGCAUGGUCAUUGUCUAUACCAAUGGAGGAAAUAGUUAACAAAGAUGAGUACGAGGCGUUUGAAAGAUACCGAGAAGAAAUGGAAAAGAAUAAUGAAAAAAUAGAUCCCGAAAAAGUUGUUCGUCUCCGGAUACCGCUGACCACAUGCAUAAAAAACUUUGCUCAGGAUGACGUCAUAGAUGGUUUUUACAGUACAGCUUUGGAGCGAAAGUCUGUUGUCAAAAAAACGACUCGUUUUCAAACUUUUCCAAAUUACCUUCUUAUUCACAUGAGAAAGUUCACAAUUGGAGAGGACUGGACUCCCAAGAAACUCGACAUUGCCUUUGAUGUGGAUGACGUCAUCGAUAUAAGUGAGCUACGCGGUUAUGGUCUGCAGCCUGGGGAAGAAGAGUUACCAGACCUCGUGGAUGAACGUCAAAGCGCCCCUCAAGUUGAUGAAAAUUCUGUACAACAGCUAACGGCGAUGGGUUUCCCACUUAAUGGCUGUAGAAGAGCAGUUUACAGCACUGGAAAUAGCGGCGUCGAGGCUGCCAUGAAUUGGAUAUUUGACCAUCAAAAUGACCCAGACUUCAACGAGCCCUUACAAAGUCCGUCUGGUGGGAAAAAGACAUCACAGAUGACUGUGAACGAAGAAUCACUUGCGAUGUUAAUGUCCAUGGGUUUUAACCAAAACCAGGCGACGAAAGCAUUAAGAAUGACGGAAAACAAUUUAGAACGCGCAGCAGAUUGGAUAUUUUCGCAUGCCGCGGAAUUGGACGAAAUGGAAACGGAUGAACCACAAGAGCAAACUGGGCCCAAAUGUCCCGAUGGAGAGGGAAAAUAUCAAUUAAUUGCUCUGAUAAGUCACAUGGGAACCUCAACAUCAUGUGGGCAUUAUGUAUGUCAUAUAUUGAAGGAAGGAAGAUGGAUAAUCUUCAACGAUCGAAAAGUAGCUGUCUCAGAAAAUCCUCCGAAAAGUUUAGCUUACUUAUAUCUUUAUAAAAGACUCUAACGGUUUUUAAUAGAAAAUAAUAUAAGCGAGUUUACAAUUGUUAUUUUGCUAUAAUUUAAAAAAUACCUGGCCAUCGCAGGA